GCGGCAAAAUUCCUGCUGCCUACUUCAUCGAUCCGCAGAUGCGAAGGCUCUUCCUGAAACGCACGCAGACUCCAGAGACACUCCUGGCGAAUAUUCGCCUUGAGAAUGUCAAGGAGGUCUCGGAAGGGGCGUCCAGCGACUCCGCACUUCCCAAGGGUCUGGCGCCCGAAGACAUGCAGAGGCUGGUCGUCAUCGAUUUUGUGAAUGACGAACCUAGCCUCUUCCUUUUGGAG